CAGGAUACGAUAACGUUGGGUAGUCAGCUUUGUUUUUACUGGCCGUUUAUUUGGAGGUAUAACCCGGGUUUCAACGGGCAAAAACAAAGAUGUCAGACGAGGAUGAUGAGUCCAAAGCAGAAAAAUCAAAGGGUGCAUUCGCAGCCUUGGUGGCAGAGGGGGACUGGCUGUUAAUUCAAGGAGAGUACAAAAAAGCCAUCAACAGCUUCACGACGGCCUUGUCGUUACAGCCAGGCGACAAGAAAUGUCUCGUCCGCCGGUCCAAAUGUUACAUGAAGAUAGGGCAGUUUGAGAACGCUUUAAAAGACGCCGAAGCUUCGCUCCAAGGCGACAAGCCCUGUUUCGAGGGGUUGUACCAUAAGGCGGAGGCUUUAUACUACAUGGGAGAAUUUGAGUUCGCUCUGGUGUUUUACCACAGAGCUCGAAGGGUCCGUCCGCAGGUGCAGGGGGUCAGACUGGGCAUCCAGAAAGCACAGGAGGCCAUAGAAAACGCUGUCGGCUGCCCUUCCACUGUCAAACUAGAAGUAAAGGGAGACCUGUCAUUCCUUAAAGAAGAUGAGGAGCCAAUCGCUGUGAUUGAGAAUCUGUCCAAGGAGAAAAGACCUCAGACCCAGAAGAUCUCAAAGAGCGAUAAAAUAUCCAAACAGCUGUUGGGAGAGUUUUACAGCGACAAGAAAUUUCUGGACAAUCUGAUGAAAGAUGAAGACUUAGUAAAAGCUCAAACAAAGUGUGGAGACCAACUCCAGGACAUCAUUCAGAGCUGCCUUACAUCCCUUGACACGUGCACUGAGCUCUGGAUUCAAGAGAAACACAUUUCUCCACGAGGGAGGACCCGCCCGCAACACAAAUGCCGUGACCCUGAACCUGCUCAGUUCCUGCUGAAGAGCCUGGAUGACAUAGAUGCAGAUCUGACCUCUGGAAAUGCUGAAGGGAGUCUCAGGAAGGCUGAAGAAGUCAUGAGGAGAGUGCAGAGGUGGUCAGAGAGAGAGGUUCCUAAUAAAAAAGAGCUCUUAGGAAGCCUGCAUAGCUGCAUUGGGAACGCUCUGUUUGAUCUGGGACACAUGGACAAAGCACUGGAGCAUCAUCAGAAAGACCUGGAGAUAGCUAAACAGUGCAAACUUCGAGGAGCAAUGUCCAGGGCUCUGGACAACCUGGGCAGAACAUAUGUCAGUGUUGGAAAGUUUGCACAGGCCAUUGAGUGCUGGGAAAAAAAGCUUCCUUUGGUGGGCGGCGGUUUGGAGAAGGCUUGGCUGUUCCAUGAGAUCGGCUGUUGUUACCUGGAGCUGAAACGUCACGAAGAAGCCAGAGACUACGGCCUGCGCUCCGUUGCCGUGGCUGAUGAAAUAGCUGAUGAGAAGUGGCAGAUAAAUGCCAACGUUUUGGUUGCACAGUCACAAUUGAGGCUUGGGAACUUUGAAUCAUCUGUGACCCACUUUGAGAGGGCUCUGACCCAUGCUAGACUUCAAGAGGAUGACUCUUCCAUGAACGCCAUCCAGAAGGCCCUUGAUGAAGUGAAGAAAUAUCAACAACAGUGAAGCCACCUUCUGUCAAUAUCUUUGGUUCGGAGCACAAGAAAAGACCAGAGGAAGAACAACAGUGCUCAGGUCCUCCUCUUCUCCAACUUCACCAGGGGUAUUUAUCUCAGUGGAGCCUGAUAUAAGCAGGUUGUUUUGGUGUUUUCUCUAAGUCAUCAGAUGGUGUGGAGACUGUAGUCUGUAAUAUUGGAGUUGAGGGUGUCUCAACAUUGAGCACAGAAGUAAAUUGUGCAGAAGUGGUGUUCACUGAGGAAUAACAAUAUUUAUGGGAGGAAAUCUCUGGUGUUUAACUUACUCUGUAUUUUAUUUGGGGAACUCUAAAUAUUUUAUGUCCUAAGUGUUUCCAUAAAAAAGUCCAGUGUAAUAAAGCC